AUGGCCCCUUCCGCAGACCCUAUCCCCGUCACUCACGCCGAUGGGCACCCUCCUCCGACCCAUCCCGAUCGUCUGCGCGUGGACCGCAGCACCAAGGCCUUUGGGAGCGGGGCGUACUCGUUGGUGGAUCUGCCCGCUGGUGCUGUCUUCGCAAAGAUCACCACGGCCACGCCUGGGACGAAAGCCUACACCAGCGUACAGACAGGCCCCGACACCCACAUUGAGCUCAACUCCGACUUGGUCUACUGCAACCACUCCUGCGCACCAUCUGUGAACUUUGAUAUGGGGCGUAUGGAGGUGCGCGUUGUUGAUGACAGGCCAUUGAAGGCCGGUGACGCUCUUACCUUCUUCUAUCCCAGCACGGAGUGGGACAUGGAUCAGGCCUUCCAAUGCACCUGCGGCGCAGGGGAAGGGGUCUGCAGAGGCUGGAUCUCUGGGGCCAGGACCAUGUCCAACCAGGAAUUGGAUGGCUACUGGCUCAAUGACCACAUUGCGACUCAAUGCAAGGACAAGCGCAACUAA